UCCAAAUAGACAGGGAGAGCAGAGGCAGGCGAGGUCAGAGACUGGAGGCUGCUAAAAGCUGCUUCUGAGUUGGUUUCCUGUUCUUGGCAAAACAAUCCCUACAAUCCUAGAGGGAACCUUAAAUCAUGAAGUUAAUUACUAUCCUGCUCCUCUGCUCCAGAUUCUUGCCAAGUUUAACACAGGAAGAUGACGCCCAGGAAAUUGACUGCAAUGAUGAGACUGUAUUUAAGGCUGUGGAUACUGCUCUGAAGAAGUAUAACGCUGGGUUACAAAGCGGCAACCAGUUUGUGUUGUACCGAGUGACCGAGGGCACUAAAACGGAUGGCUCUGAAGAAUUUUAUUCCUUCACGUAUCAAAUCAAGGAGGGCAACUGCUCUGUUCAGAGUGGCCUCGACUGGCAGGACUGUGACUUCAAGGAUGCUGAGGAAGCCGCCACUGGAGAAUGCAAAGCAACUUUGGGGAAGAGAGGAAAUAAAUUCUCCAUAGCCGCCCAGAUCUGCAAUAUUACUCAAGGUAAGGGCCCCAUAGUGACAGACGAGUACCACUGUGUGGGUUGUGUGCACCCCAUAUCGGCAGAUAACCCAGACCUGGAGCCGGUUCUGAAACACGCCAUCGAACAUUUCAACAACAACACAGACCAUAGCCACCUCUUUGCUCUCAGAAAAGUAAAAAGUGCCCAUAGACAGGUAGUCGCUGGCCUGAAUUUUGACAUUGUCUACUCAAUUGUGCAAACAAAUUGUUCAAAGGAGCGUUUUCCUUCUCUUCUUGGAGACUGUGUGUCCCUUCCCAAUGGUGAUGAUGGUGAGUGUAGGGGUAAUGCCUUCGUGAAUAUUGAUAACAAAAUCGCCGACUUCUCGCAGAGCUGUGACCUUUAUCCAGGACAUGACUUGGUAGAACCACUGCCCAAGCAUUGCCCCGGCUGCCCCAAGGAAAUACCUGUAGACAGCCCGGAGCUGAAGGAGGCACUGGGUCAUUCGAUUGUACAGCUAAAUGCAGAGAAUAAUCAUACCUUCUAUUUCAAGAUUGACACCGUGAGAAAAGCAACAUCACAGGUGGUAGCUGGAGUAAAGUAUGUGAUUGAGUUCAUAGCCAGAGAGACCAAAUGUUCCAAGGAGAGUAACGCAGAGCUGACAGCAGAUUGUGAGGUCAACCGCCUUGGUCAACGUCUCAACUGCAAGGCUAACGUGUACAUGAGGCCUUGGGAGAACAAAGUCUUCCCGACUGUCAAAUGCCAACCAUUACAAAUGACCACAAUGAUGAGAAGGCCUCCAGGCUUUUCGCCUUUCCGGACAUUUCAAUUACAAGAAACAAAAGAAGGAAGAACUGUAAGUCCACCUAACAUUGCCGGGGAGCAAGAAGAGAGGGAUCCAGAAAAUGAAGGACCCACACAUGGACAUGGCGGGUUGCAUGAAAGGCAAAUAAAGGCUAAGACUCACGGUGGUCAUGAGCAUGGGCAUGACAAUGGCCCUUUUCCCCCAAAGAGGCCUGGCCUUGGCCAUGGACUCCAGAAACCACAUGGCCUUGGUCAUGGACAACAACUUAAACUUCAUUAUCUUAAACACCAAAGGGAAGACAGCUAUGACCAUACACAUACAGUGGGACAUGGUCAUGGUCAUGGUCCUGGUCAUAGUCAUGGUCAUGGUAAACACACAAAUAAAGACAAAACCAAUGUGAAGCACACUGACCAGAGAACAGAGCAUUUGGUAAGCUCUUCUGAAGACAGUACUACAUCUACAAGGAGACAGGGAAGGACAGAAGGACCCACCUUGAACUCUCCCCUAGCCCAGCCGACUGUUGCCUCUUAUGGUUUUCAGGACUCAGAUUUCAUUGAAGGUGUGGAAGCUACCACAUCACCAUACGACACUGAGAUCCAUGAUGAUUUGAUCCCUGAUAUCCAUGUACAACCAGAUAGCCUGUCAUUUAAGCUGAUAUCUGAUUUUCCAGAAGCAACUUCCCACAAGUGUCCUGGGCGUCCAUGGAAGCCACUUAGUUGGAAGGAUUCACCCACAGAAACAACAGAGUUUUCUGACUUUGAUCUCCUUGAUGCCCUUUCUUAACCUAUACAGCCUAGGUAGCUUUGCAAAUGCUUUCCCAGCCUCUUUCCCUACUGCCCAAGCACAAAUACUGUGAUAUAAGUCA